GAAAUUUAUAGUGAGUAUAUUUUUCCAACCACUCCUUUUUCAGAUUUAAUACUCAAAUGUACGUAUUUAAUUAGAUUUUAUAUUUAAUAAUAUUUCUUAAUAUAUAAUAUCCCUAAAUUUUUUUAAUUUUUAAUUUUUUGACACCGUCACUGUUUAUUGACGUUAAACUUAGAUAAUUGAUUAAAUUCUGCCUGAAAAAUUAAAUAUUAUCAUUUUGUUUCACAAUACACUGGAUUUUGAACACACAUUUGUAUCAUGUUAAAUAAUCGUCCUCCUCCUUCCCUCGACACAUGGAUUAUAAUUGCGAGCUAUGUUAGGAAGUUUCCCUUUCAGGUUGCAUUGGUAUUGGUUCCUUUCUUUCUGGUUCUCUUAAUGGCGAUAAGAACAAGCGGGAGGAGAUGAGACGGUUGUAUAAAAAUCGUUAAAAGCUGUUUUGAUUAAAUUUUCAACAAUUGAUUCUAAAAUUUUAAUAUUUUAACACUUUA